AUGGAUACCGUCGCGUCUAUUAAUAAUCUGAGGGCGCAAUUCUUUCGAAUAUGCCCCGAAAAGGACCAGAUGUCUCGAAUAAUCAAACCCUAUAUACCACAGACUGAAAAGGACGCGAUUGUAAAAUAUAGCACGCAGGAUUAUGACAAAGUUGAUCCUAAGAUAUCAGACGUGUAUACUAAUCCUGAUGGUACUUCCUUACUUACAGAGAUGGAGUCCCCGCCGAUAUCGAAGAAUUUUAUGGAUAGCUAUGCGACCAUUGCCAAGGCAAGGCUGAAAAAGCAUAACGAGGAAGCAUACUUUAGAGGAAAUCGAACAUUUAACCAGGGAGAUUUGAACAAUAGGGUGAUUGAAACUAAGGAUGAUGGUUACAAUACGGAUGAGCUAAAAAAUGAAAAUUUGACACAGGUCGAUGGUACAUUAAUCGAAAAGAGUCAUAACGAUUUUAUUGCUAAUAAUACACUAAAAAAUAAUUCUAUUUCGACAAGCAUAUUGAAUGAUGACCUCAGUGAUAACGUAGUAUUCGAAAACACAUCAGCGAAGAAGAAAGAUGCUAGAAAAUCGGGAUUGCCCUUUGUAAGAAUUUUUAAAAACAAAAAAGAUAGUAAUGCAAUUCCUUCUAAGCAGAAUAACACCAGCUCUAACUCAAAAAAUAGAAAGAAGAGUUCAUCCAAUUCAAAUGCUGGUAAAACGGAUAGCGGCUAUUCGUCUGUUUCAAAUAAAUCAUCAAGGUCAGAUUUAAGGUCAAAGAAAUCUAGUCAAAAUAUUGGUAAUCAUAGACAAACACAUACAAGACGGAAAAGUAAGUUCUCCAUGAACUUUGAUUUCGAUGAAAAUUUAGAAGAAGAAGAGGAGGAUGAAGAUGAGGACGAAGAAGGUGCUGAUCUUCAUUCAAAAUUUUUUCGAUUAGAUAGUAACUCUUCAAGUCAACAGAGCUUGUCACAAAAUAAUGAGUAUACAGGUAGCAGAGCAGGUUCUGUGCUAAACAAUAAUGGUAGCAAACUAAUCCAUGGAAUCCAAAAUAGUAAUAAUAAUAACAAUAAUAAUAAUCACAAUGUGACGGUAAAUGGUGGCAAAUAUAUUAAUGAUAAGUUUAGCAAUCAAAACAACAAAUCAAAGCUUCAUGCUGGUCAUAGCUUUGUUCAAAAAACCACGGCUCUUGAUUCCGGUAAAAGUGUCAGUUCUAUGCAUGGGUCAUUAGUCAAUGGCGCCGUGCAAGGACUUGAUGGUGCUGCGGUUAACUCUGUUUCGGCUAAUGAGUUGAAGUCAGUACAUUCAGCAGAUGAUGCCAUUUCAGAUCUUGAUUCUUUUAUUGAAGCUCAGAAUUUAGAAGAAAUGGAUUUUGAUGCAGCUGGUAGCGACAUCAACAAGAUUGUCUCCAACGAUUCUCAACGGGAAACACAUAUUUCUGAUGAAAAUGGGACGAGCAGACUGUCAUUAGCUGAUGAUAUGAACAGUAUAAGUGAUGCAUCAUCUUAUGGUAAGUCAUUGUUGGGAUCUGAUUACAGUGCAGAUGAAUUGAUUAAACAGGACGCUUCUACUCUUGAUUCUGCGUCAUUGAUGGCAGCAACUGAUAUGCAGACUCAUACUAUACCAUCUAAUUCUAUACCCAUGUCUAUUGAUAAGUUUGGAUUGUAUGAGGGUGUAGAUGACUCUACAAUAAACAACGUCUUCGGUAAAGCUGUUCAAAAUUUAAAGACAGAGUCGUCCACCGAGAAAAAAAACGUUGUUCCUCAAAUGUUUUUCAGUUCACCAAGCACCGCUAAUAAGGCAGAGUUUGGAACAAGCGCUAAUUCUACGGGUAAGAUUAAUACGACACCCAAAAGCACUCAAUAUAGAUCUAGAUCCAACUCAUAUGAUCAGGCUCGUUAUAAUCGAUAUGAUAGUAGGAAAAUUAGGAAAGGUAGCCAGAGUUCUGUUGACAGAAAUAAAUCUAAUUCUUCACAAUCGAAUGGCCAAAGUCAUAAAAUUGAGUUGAAUGAUAGCUUGGUUAUCGAGCGCCGUACAGAUUUAUCGUCUGCAAUACCUGCAGUAUCUCAGUUAUCGACAUUGUUCAAGAUGCAGAAGCAAAAUGCAGGUAAUCCUUUGAGUGCGUUGCAAUAUUUCUCAUUUGUUUCUGGGAGUAAGGUUGCCAAAACUGAUGUCAUGCAAUUGGAAGUCUACAUUCAAAACUCUAAAAAAUAUAAAAGGGACCCCUUUACUGUCCAAAUCCGUAAAAAUUCAACUGUUUUUGAGGUGAUUGGGUUUAUCUUGUAUUCAUACGCCAAUGACUUCAAACCACCCAAUUUUGAAUCAGAUGGACUUACAGUAGAUAAAAUUGGUAAUCCAAACAAUUUUUCUCUAUCAAUUGUCGAUGAAGAUGGCGAGCCGUUUGAGGAUAAUUUUGGUAAAUUGGAUCGAAAGAGUGAAAUACAGACAGUCUCUGACAAUGAAGUUGUUCUUUGUGAGGUAGACGGCAAUGAAAAAGAACUGAAUGAAUCUAUGACACCUGUUCCUUAUGACACAUGUGGUGAUAUCGUCGAUGGAAGUAAAUCUGCAGCAGUAAGUAGGUCGUCUAGUGUAGGGAAAUCUGAAAAGAUCAACCAAAGAAGCUUCUACAAGCCAAUUGUACAAGAUCAGGAUGAUUUAGAGAACACCCAAGGAUCUAAGAUUGUUCCAAUAACAGUAUAUUUGUAUCCAAAUUUGAAUCCGAAAUUCAAUUACACUACAAUUAAUGUGAAUGUUACAUCGAAGAUUAACGAUAUCUUGGUUAGAUAUUGCAAGAUGAAAAAUCUCGACCCCAAUGAAUACUUGCUAAAGGUGGUUGAUAAGAUGAGCACUUAUGAUUUAAAUGAUACUGUUUUGAAGCUAGAUGGUAAUUAUUCUGUUGAAUUGAUAUCUAAGAAAGAAGCACGCGAGAAAAGACUUGAAAAAUUAAAAGCUGACACUUCGAUGCCGGUCUUACCAACCAUUCAAAGUAGUGAUAUGACACCAUUAACUAUAGAUCGUGGCGGAAAGUCGUUCUUAAAAGGUAAAAAUGAGGAUAAAACUUCUGAAGUAAAGGCGACAAAAAGUAAGAAGUCGUCAUCCAAAUAUAAGCUAUCUUUAGCGAAGCAAACAUCAUCAUCUAGCAACCAAAGUGCCAAUGGUCUUGGUAUUGGUAAUGGUAAUAUGCAUACUAUCGGUGGUUCUAAUGCAUUAACUAGCGGUGCAAACUCUUUAUUCAAGUCAAAGAACUCUUCAAGGUCCUCUUUACAUGGCCCUCUACAGUUCUAUAAUAUAAAUAGGUCUCAGACCAACAUUGAUGUCAAGGCAGGGCCAAGUAAGCCUUUAAGUGUAGAUGACAGUACAACCAAUAAUAGCGCAAACAACUUUCAAGAUCUAUUUUCCGGUGCUUAUCACAGAUAUAAAGUGUGGAGGCGCCAACAAAUGUCAUUCAUUAAUAAGCAUGAAAGAACAUUAGCACUUGAUGGUGACUAUAUUUACAUUGUACCUCCCGAAGGUCGCAUGCAUUGGCAUGAAAACGUUAAGACUAAGUCAUUACAUAUUAGUCAAGUGAUCUUGGUUAAAAAAUCAAAGAGUGCACCGGAGAACUUUAAAAUAUACGUCAAGAAAAGUCAUGACGAUAUCAAACGGUACUACUUUGAAGCCGCCUCUGCUCAAGAAUGCACGGAAAUUGUAACCAGAUUACAAAAUUUAAUGAAUGCAUACAAAAUGAACUUGAAAUAG